GGCCCAAUGUGUCUGUGUUUUCACGAAAACAGAGCGGAAACCCACCAUGGGAGACGAGGACUGGGAAGCGGAAAUCAUCACGCCCCACCUGUCUUCCUACGUGCCCGUGUUUGAGAAGGACAGGUGUGCUUCGGGAGCGAAUGGAGACACUUUCCACAGGAGCCCGGGCUCGUCGUCGGCAGACUUGGACGCGGGGCCUUCUCAGCGAGACCGCUUCGUGACGCGGGGACUCGCCUCUGGGAGGAGCUGGGGAACCCGAGAUGCUGGCGAGAGCAGCCGGAGGGAGAUGCCCUCCGCAGCGGGUGGCUUUGCCGUCGGAAAGGGCUCUGGGAGCAGAGGUUUCUCAAGUAGCCGGCUGGAGGAAGGCGACAGCUGCGGCUUCUGGAGAGAGCCCAGCAGCGACGGGGAAGGCGGCCAGGCACGGAGCAGGGGGUUCCCCAGGAGAGGAGGCUACCAGGACGGGACCGAUCCGGAAGCUCCGGGCUCGGCCAGGAGAGGCGGAAGAGGGAGCUUCCGAGGCUGCCGCGCGGGAUUCGGCCCCGGAAGUCCAAACAGUGAGUAUGAUCAGGACGAGGGGACACAGCGCACCGGCGGCCUUUUCGGGUCCAGGCGACCGGCGUUGAGCGGCACAGGCAGUGGCGACGUCUUCCAAAGCCGGGGAGGAAGUGGACGAGGUGGAUACAAGGGUUUGAACGAGGAGGUGGUCACAAGCUCGGGAAAGAGCCCCUGGAAGUCGGCAGCGGAGGGAGCGGACGGCGGCGACACCCCAGGCCCCAAGGUGACCUACAUCCCCCCGCCGCCGCCCGAGGACGAGGGCUCCAUCUUCGCGCACUACCAGACGGGCAUCAACUUCGACAAGUACGACAGCAUCCUGGUGGAGGUGUCCGGGCACAACGCGCCCCCGGCGAUCUUGACUUUCGAGGAAGCCAACCUCUGCCAGACCCUGACCAACAACAUCGCCAAGGCCGGCUACACCAAGCUGACGCCCGUGCAGAAGUACAGCAUCCCCAUCAUCCUCGCGGGGCGGGACCUGAUGGCGUGCGCGCAGACGGGGUCCGGGAAGACCGCAGCUUUCCUCCUGCCCAUCCUGGCGCACAUGAUGCGGGACGGCGUGACCGCCAGCCGCUUCCGGGAGCUGCAGGAGCCCCAGUGCCUGGUGGUGGCGCCCACCCGGGAGCUGGUCAACCAGAUCUUCCUCGAGGCCCGGAAGUUCUCCUUCGGCACCUGCGUGAGAGCCGUGGUCAUAUAUGGGGGCACCCAGUUCGGGCACUCGGUCCGGCAGCUCGUCCAGGGCUGCAACGUGCUGUGCGCCACGCCGGGCAGGCUGAUGGACGUCAUCGGCAAAGAGAAGAUCGGUCUCCGGCAAGUCAGAUACCUAGUCCUGGACGAAGCCGACCGCAUGCUGGACAUGGGCUUCGGGCCGGAGAUGAAGAAGCUGAUCUCCUGCCCGGGGAUGCCGCCCAAGGAGCAGCGCCAGACCCUCAUGUUCAGCGCCACCUUCCCGGAGGAGAUCCAGAGGCUGGCCAGGGAGUUCCUGAAGCCGAACUACCUGUUCGUCGCCGUCGGACAGGUGGGCGGCGCCUGCACCGACGUGCAGCAGACGGUCCUGCAGGUGGGCCAGUACGCGAAGAGGGAGAAGCUCGUCGAGGUCCUGCGGAGCACAGGUGACGAAAGAACGAUGGUCUUUGUUGAAACUAAGAAGAAAGCAGAUUUUAUUGCCACUUUUCUUUGCCAAGAAAAAAUACCAACGACAAGUAUCCACGGGGACCGGGAGCAGAGGGAGCGGGAGCAGGCGCUCGGAGACUUCCGCUGCGGGAAGUGCCCGGUUCUCGUCGCCACCUCGGUGGCCGCCCGGGGGCUGGACAUCGAGAACGUCCAGCACGUCAUCAACUUCGACCUGCCGUCGGCCAUCGACGAGUACGUGCACCGCAUCGGGCGCACCGGGCGCUGCGGCAACACCGGCCGGGCGCUCUCCUUCUUCGACCCCGAGGCCGACCGGCUCCUGGCGCAGCCGCUGGUGAAAGUGCUGUCCGACGCGCAGCAGGACGUGCCCGCGUGGCUGGAGGAGAUCGCCUACAGCAGCUGCGUGCCCGGCUUCAGCGGGAGCCCCAGGGGAAGCGUGUUUGCGUCCGUGGACACGAGAAAGGGCAGCAGCGGCCUGGGCGCAGUGGGCUUCUCGCCCCCGCAGGCCCCUGCGCCGGCCGAGGAGGAGUCCUGGGACUGACGGGGACGC